AAAAGCUCCGCUGUAGGCCCAUCCCUCGGCCCCAAACAGGCCGUCAGACACGCGCGGGAUCACUGCGUGUCGGCCCGACACGCGCAGGAUCACUGCGUAUCGGACCUAGAUCCGGAGUGGCACACAAGGGGCAGCCCCAUCUACACUGCCCCACGACCUAAAUCAGCCGAGAAAACGCCAUCAUAGACCAUGUCCGACCCGGCCCAACGCAUGCGGGAACUGAGAGAGAUGCAGGAGAAGAUCUGGCGCGAGCGCCAGCAGGCCCAGCUGCGAAACGAGGCCGCGCAGUACCUCGAAGGCCGCAUAGCGCGGGACCCGAUGGCCGGCCCGAACCACCAUUCGCUAGCCCCCAUCCUCCAGGAGCUCGGGGACCACGACGAGGCGCUGCGGCGGCUGCAGUUCGCCGCCAAGGCGAACCCCGAGAAUUUGAAUGUGCGCAACGACUUGGCCUUGGCAAUCUUCAAGCGGGGCCGGGAGCACUGGGCGCGGGCGUUGAAGGAGUUCACCUACAUUUUGCGGGUCGACGCGGACAACUUUCUCGCGCACAAGAAUAUUGCUGCCGUGUACGCGGCGCGGGGCCGCUACGAGAAGGCCCUCGAGCACGCGUUGGAGGCCGUGAAGCUGCGGCCGGACGACGCCGCGGCGCACCGGAAUUUAGCCCAGGUUUAUGAUGUGACCGGCAACUCCCGGGAGGCCGUCGUGCACAACCGGCGGGCCAUCGCGCUCGGGCCCGGGAGGCAUGGGGUGUAUGAAAAAGCGGACGCCGAGGCCUACCGGCGCGUGGCCGUGCAGCGGGCGGGCCGCGGCGAGACGGCGAGCGGCCACGCCCACGAGCACUACGACGCGUACCGCGCGCUCGCGGGGAAGCUGUUCGUGCUCCCCGACUCGGAGCGGACGGUGGAGCUUCUUGUCAAGGCGAAACAGGACCUCUAGUAAGAGUUUGUGUGUG